AUGCUGUUCAACUGGCAAGUAGAGAAUACCUGUGUCGUAUUCAGGUGGUGGCACAUUUCAGGCCCCAUUAGUAUGAUUUUAUCGUGCAUUGCCAUCUUCUUGAUAGCUGCUGGCUAUGAAUGGAUUCGAGCUUACUCCAAAGUCAUUGAAGACAGAUGGAAAGAAGCCGAGGUUUUGCUCGAGAGAAAUGGCCAAAUUGGUCAUGAUGACGAUGAAGAAGAGCAAGAACAUGGCGUAGGACAACAGCGCUCGCUUGUCCAUGCUUACCAGCAACACACAAGGUAA